CUCUUCUCUCUUAUUUCCCACUGUGUCCCAAAAUAUUUAGGGUUUUAUUCUGUGUCCAUGGCUUCUGCAGAAGUUGAGUACCGUUGCUUUGUGGGUGGGCUUGCUUGGGCCACCGACAACGAUGCUCUGGAGAAAGCCUUCUCUCCUUACGGCCACGUCGUUGAAUCGAAGGUUAUCAACGAUCGUGAGACUGGGAGGUCCAGAGGUUUCGGAUUUGUGACCUUCACCUCGGAGCAGUCUAUGAAAGAUGCGAUCGAAGGGAUGAACGGCCAGAAUCUUGAUGGUCGAAACAUUACUGUGAAUGAAGCUCAGUCCCGCGGUAGGAGCGGCGGCGGAGGCGGAGGCGGAGGUUAUGGAGAUGGUGGUGGAUACAGCCGUGGUGGUGGUGGUGGAUACGGUGGUCGUCGUGAAGGUGGAUAUAGCCGUAACGGAGGAUAUGGAGGAGGUGGUUUUGGCGGUGGCCGAGACCGUGGUUAUGGUGACGGGGGUUCGCGCUACUCUCGCGGUGGAGAUGGAGGUGCUUCUGACGGAAGCUGGAGGAAUUAGGGCUUGAGGAUGUGUGUUAGGGUUUAUGUGGUCUGUUAUUUUAGGCGUUGGAAUGUUAGGGGUUUGAGUUUGGGUUUCUGUUUCGGUUUCGUGCUCAUGUGACUUGUUUUUGACCUCUUAAUUUGGUCUUGUUCUUGGCCUCUUAAUUUCUUUGUUUAUAAGCGCUCUAGUGAAAUGAAAUGGUAGUCAGAAAUUAGAGUAUUAAAUUUCGACAGAGUUUAUGCUCAUACGCAAUGUGUGAAGAUGGAAUGGGACUAACGGUGGCCAUAUUUACCCAUUCCGUUAGUGUUGGUAUUUUCUUGGCAAGAAUGGGCUGAAUAUUUGUAUCUCCGUCGAAAUGACGAAUAUUCCUUUGUUCCCAAUAUUUUUAGCGUUUUAACCGAUUUAAUUUCACGGAAAUUGCAAGAUCUUUUCUCAUUUAAAAAGAAUUUUUUAUUUUUUUAAUUUAUACUAUAUUUUAAAAAAAUUCUUUUAAAAAUAGAAAAUAAACAUACCCUUAAUAAUUGUAACUUGAUUAAAUUUUUCACUAGGUCGGCAACGAUGACAAAAGUUAAAACAUCAGAAAUAUUAUAAAAUAUUUUCGUGGUAACUUGCGCUCUAAUCUGUUUAGGUUCUCCAAAAUUUUUUCUACACCGAAUAAAAUAAGAUAAUUUUAACUGUGUCAUGUAAAUAAUAAGUUGGUCUAACGUCUGUUGAAGAACUGUAAAUAAGUAGCUUUGUAAUUGUCCUAAAAUGUAUCUUUCCCGGUAAAUUAUAAAUUAGCUAAUAAAGAUAAAUUACAAAUUUCAAUAAUAAAUUUUAAUUGCUUUGAAUUUUAACGAUAGCAUAGAAACAUUUUUCUCACGAAUCUAUAAUAAUGUCACUUUCAAAGGAUAAAGAUAAAUUACAGUAAUAUUAAAUUAAGAUCAAGGAAGUGAGAUUUAUAUUUUUUUUUAUAAUUUUUAAUAAAUUACUAACAAUUUGUUACAAAAGUAUAGUGUUAGGAGGCAGUAAGAUAAGAUUUCAAUUAUUUAUAACUACUGUUACGAUGUUACAAUGAUAUAGUAAUUGCUGUAAUUAUUAUUCAAUUAUUUUAAUUCUCACCAUAAUUCUUAACACUU